AUGUAUCACCGGCAACAAGCAGGCUCGUCGCUGCCAACCCCUGAUAACGCCAGUCGAUCUCCAUCGGAUUCUAUCGACCUCUCUCCCAUCGAGGCCAUGGCCAGGCCAAUGGAAAUGGAUCAAUUCAACAAACCCAGGCUGUCUUCGGACCCCAUGGCUGCAAGCCGUGGCCUGAACACUCCUCCCGUGCCGUAUGGCUUGAUGAACUUCUAUGCCGGUGAUGAUUCGCCAUGGGUUGGAUUCAAUAUGCCGGCGUCCGCAUCUGCUCAACCUAGUCACCACAUGAACCCCGUGGAUGUUAGUAGGAAUGCCCCCGCGUUUGCUAGUUGGAGAAGCAACGGACAGCCAUCAGAGUGCGGCACCAUCCCCCAGGCCUACCUGCCCUCCGACUCUGGCUAUGAAAGUAGAGCGAAACACAGCAUCGUCGAUGACAGGUCCGUCUACGAGGAAAACACGGAAACCCAAAGCCUCGCCGGACAUAUGAUGGAAUUCAACCCUUUCCCACUCUCAACGUCCACGUUUCGCGACGCUCACGUCCAAGCGUGGCCACCAGCACCGCCAGCACCAGUACAGACCGGCCCUACGGACAAGUUGAUAUGCCCAGAUUGUCAAGCUCUUUGUAAGACAAAGUCCGAGCUGAACAAACACAACCAACGACAUCGCAAGGCAUUCAAGUGUGAGGUUCCUGGCUGCACUCGUAAGGAAGGUUUCGGUACUCCGAACGAUCUCGAUAGACACAAGAGCAGUGUGCACCCGGAGCUUGAUUCGGGUCCUCGUUGGCGCUGCAACAUCAGUGCUCAAUGCCAAGCAAAAGACAAGUUAUGGCCUAGAGCUGACAAUUUCCGACAACAUCUGAAGCGUGUUCACAAUCAGCCUGUCUCAGCAGACGAUGAUCUCAAUCAAUAUCUCUGGCACCCAUCCCAAAAGCCCCAAGGAACGUCGCGCACUGUGCAAGAAGAUCUUGAAGGCGUAGGAUCGGAGCUGUUCAACUUCGGCAGUGAUUCUCAGGGAUGGGAAAUUUCCUCUCCGGAGCAGCCGAUGGAAAUGGAUGAUCUUCUCGUCGACCCAUCCUUGACGAACAUUGACGAGACCAGCAACAUUCCGCUUGUUCAGAACCAUCAUGCUUUUGUCCAGCCGACGCAGAUUUCUAGGCCACCAUCAACAAUCAAGCCCCUCCUUCCUGGCGGACGUACGCGUGAUGGUCAGGCCCACAUUACUGUGGAUUUUCCCAAGAGCCUUGACGCUUGCUCUGAUGAUCUGAAGGAGUCCCCCAUGGAUUCCGUCAAUGCCAUGGAUUGCGAUCUUGCCCCUAAAGCUCCUGAAUCGGAGCCUGAAAACGAAAGGGCCAGCUCACAGAAACCAGCUGCAGGGGCCUGGUCAUCUGCAGGCGAGGUUCUCAACGAACAAGACGCCCUCAGAAUCCUGGAAAAGCUCCCCAAGGAGGUUAUUGCAAAGUUCUUGAAGGGCCAGUCCGAUCAGAAGCCGUCACAUGAGCCAACAACCAGCAUCGAAGCCCAUCGUUGCACUAAAUUGGGCUGCAGCAAGGCCUUCAAUCGCAGAUGUGAGUUGAAGAAGCACAUGAAACGUCACGAUAAGCCUUACGGAUGCACCUUUUCUGGCUGCUCGAAGAGAUUUGGCAGCAAAAACGAUUGGAAGCGCCACGAAAACAGCCAACACUUCCAGCUUGAGGUCUGGAAGUGCAGUGAGAAGCGCACCGACGACGACAACACGCAGACAGAGACUACUUGCGGGAAGGUUUGCCACCGUCGCGAGACCUUCCGCAGCCACUUGCAAAAGGAGCACAAGAUGGACGAUGCCUCACAAGUUGACAAGGCCCUCGAAGAUUGCCGCGUCGGUAGAAACUGCGAGUCUCGCUUCUGGUGCGGCUUCUGUGUAAAGAUUAUCGAGAUCACCAAGAAGGGUGCGAAUGCUUGGACUGAGCGUUUCAACCACAUUGAUAACCACUACGCCGGCCGCGACAACGUGGCCAAGAAGGACAUCUCUGAGUGGAAGAAUGUAGACCCAGAGCUGCACGAGAUAGACUUCGCGGGCUCAGUGGACGAUUCGAGUGACGCCGAGUCGUGCGAUGAAGCCACUGCUUCACAUAAGCCCUCUGGACUCGUCAUGAAAAGCACCAUGACAAGGAAGAGAGGUGCAGAUGACGACAACGACGAACGGGAGCCAAAACGCUUGAAGGACGCUCGUAUCACACAGAGGUGGAACUGCUGCAAUUGCUCUCACGAUUUUGACAUUAAGACGACCCCUGCAUGCAUGGAAUGCUCACACCAACGGUGCACCCGCUGUGAGGAACAACAAGUUCUCGUGCGGUAG